GCUUCACAGGCUUCUGGGAUCGAGUCCAAAUUUCUCAUCGUUUGUGAAAGCUGAGCUCACAGCAGAAUAAGCCACCAUGAGGCUGUCGGUGUGUCUCCUGCUGGUCGCGCUGGCCCUUUGCUGCUCCCAGGCCAACGCUAUGGUCUGCCCAGCUCUUUUUUCUGAGAUCUCAGGCUUCUCAUUCAUUAAUGAACCUGUGUUCAAGUUAAAACUUGCCAAAUAUGAUGCACCUCCAAAAGCUGUAGCAGCCAUUUUGGAAGUGAAGAAAUGCACAGAUCAGAUAUCGCUUGAGAAACAUCUUUUAAUUGAAAAAGUCCAGGUAAUUUCUUUCUUUUCUUUUUUUUGA